AUGCCCGCGGCGAAGCUCCGCAGGCCAGCAGCUUGGCACGAGCAGGACAAACACGAGGAGGAGGACGACGCCGACGAGGAGCCUCUGGUGAGCAUCGCCGCCACGCGCGGCAAGGGCAAAAACACCCUCAAGGACGACGAGGACGCAGAGGACGGAGCAGCUGAUUCCCGCACGACGACUCGUGCCCAGAGGCACACCUUCGCGAAGAAUCGCCACCUCUUCGAUCAGGCCUUGGUGGCCCAGUUCGACAAGCUGAUGGACACGGCCAACAAGACCGUCGGCAAGCAGGCGCAGAUCAACCAGAUCAUCAACAGCUGCGUCACGAGGAAGGCUGCUGGCGGUGUGGGUGUCUUGAUCAAGACACGCUCGGUGAAACGCUUCCAGCGCAGCAUGAUGCGCGACGAGAACAAAGAGACGGCGCACGGCCUUGGAUGGUGGAGUCUCGUCGGGACGAAGUUCGGCGGCUCCGAGUCCUUGGCGCAGAAAGCGCUCGACGCAGGGGAGGUCUACCAGGCAGAGGACACGGGGCUCUACUACCAGAAGUCCCACACCAUCGAGCGGACGCGAGUCCAGGAGAAAGGCUACAAGGGCGAGGAGGACACGGGCGGCCUGCUCUCGAGCGACGAGUUCGUGCAGGCGUUGUGCGACCAGGAGGAGCAGCUCACCGCGGAGCCGCUCGGCGACUGGUUCAAGCAGUGCCAGAAGGGGGUCCCCAAGAAGAUCGCGGGGGCGCAGGCGGACGACGGCGACUUCACGGUCAUGCAGGAGAGCUUCGACGCGGUCUCGAGGGUGACUCUGGCCCUGCGCCGCUUGGGCACCAAGAUGAUGGCCGCCGGGGGCAACUCCGAGACCACGAAGCUGAUGUCUGGGAGGGCCAUCAGCUUGUGCAAGGCCGUGGCGGGGCCUAGCGAGGCCAUCGAGUCCCUCCUGGUGGCCCAGGGCGAGGCCAAGCGCAACAUCUCGAAGGCGGACGUGGCGGAGGCUCUCAAAGCCAUGAGCGUCCCGUACAAGCAGAUGGUCGAGCUCUUCAAUGAGAUCGUGAUCCAGGUGAAGUCCGCGGCCAAGGGCAGCAAGACCGCCGACGCGGCCAAGGGCUUGAAGCCGAUCAAGCUUUAGGUCAGCGCUGAGGGCGCUUCGAAGAGAAUGAGAAGGAUAGAAGG